GAUCGGGCGCACUUCCCGUUUCAGAAGGAAAAAUCGCGUGAAUUCGUGCACUGUUUAUGUGCCGUGACACAAUAUAGCAUAUAUGGUAGCUCUGGUUGCGACUGAAAACAAAUAUAACGUUAAUAACCAUCUGAUUGAACAACCGAGUAGCCAGUCCUGGCCGUGCAAAUUUAAACGACAGUAAAUUAUGUGACGCAGCUCAAACUCAGAUCAGUUUAGGUCCACUGAGUAGACGAAGUUGGUAGCGGUCAAAAUGCCUGGACCAGAAACUAGCUCCCAGACCGUCCAUGACCCACGUGCAGCUGCUAAUACACGAAGAGUUAUAUUAAUCACGUAUCUAAUAGCCGCGAUGGAUAUGACAUGUCUGUUCCUCCAAAUCUCCAUAACUCCCUACUUGGCGAAAAGGCUAGGAUUUGACACACUCUGGUUUGGUUAUCUGCAAACGAUGGUGGGGAUAUUUGAGCUGUUUGGAUGUCCUUUGUUUGGCAGAUUUGGGGACCUUUUUGGGGCGCGGGCAGCCUUCACGCUGUCCUCUUCAGCCUCCAUCGUCUUCUUUGUCCUCCUCGCAUUGGCCAAUAGUGUGCCCAUGCUGUUCAUCCAAAAACUUCCCACGCUCUUCAUGCACACCCUGUCAGGAGCUCAGAUGGUGGUGGCAGACCUGACGGAACCGGACCAACGGGCCGACUCCCUGGCCAAGCUGGGCUUGUGCUUCGGCGUGGGAAUGACUGCCGGGUCUUUCCUCGGGGGCAUGCUCAGCACUCGAUACGGGGAUACCAUCACUGCGGCUGUGGCUGCCUGCGUCUGUUUCAUCAACCUGCUGCUAGUCUUGAACUUCAUCCCCAAACACACUAAGAAGCAGACCAAUCAGGACCCUGCAUCUAGUCAGGACCCUGCACCUAAGGCUGGUGGCUCAGCCUCUGUGUUUAACCUGGGACAUAUCACACGGCUGAUGAGGUAUCCUGGUGUGGCCAAGACCUUCACCAUCAAGAUCAUCUCUGAUCUCCCGGGUGGCAUAUUCCAGAGCAUGUUCUCCAUUAUCGCCAUGAACUUCUUCCAGCUGCAGGCCUCGCAGACAGGGCACCUGAUGGCAUACUUUGGGGUGGUGCAGAUGGUUGUGCAGGGAGGGGUGAUUGGGUGGCUGACCAGGAGGUACUCUGACCACUCUCUUCUGCUCUUGGCCAUUGGGACCACCAGCCUGGUGGGCCUGGGUCAGGCGCUGAUGAGCAAUGUCUUCCAGUUUUGCCUCAUCAUACCUGCCAUGACAUUCUCCCUCAGCGUGUUCGGCGUAAUCAUGGACAGCAUGCUGUCCAAGAGCGUGCCUUCCUCUGACACAGGCACUAUGCUGGGGCUGUGUGCCUCUGAAAUGUCCCUGGUGCGGACCGUCGGACCGACCAUCGGGGGCUUCCUGUACGAGAACUAUGGCGUGCCCUCAUUUGGGUUCAUGCAGUUUGUUGUGAACGUUGCGGUGUUCCUCUAUAUGCUGGGCAGCGAUGUGGGGCGUGCCGAAACCCAUCGAAACUGAUCCACUGUACGCAAAAUCAACCUCAACAGAUUUGUUUAUCAAAAAAUUAUCUUAAUCACUUUAUCACAUUUUAUUUUUGUACAUUGUAUUCAAACGAUGAAAAAAAUCAUUUGCAGCAAAUAACUAGAUAAGUUGAUGAGGAUAAAUUUCUCUUUUUUUCAAUGUUCUGUGUAAUUGAGAAAAUGUAAAAUGUUUCUAGUAUAAAUUGUACUUGCAUUGGCAUUAUCUGAAAACCAUUUUUAAUCCUGUAAUAACCUGUCAUUCCCCAUAUGCUCAACCUAUUACGUAAAAUAGGCGUAUAGAAAAUAGCACAAUUUUCUAUGAAAUAGUUGUAUUAAGAGCAGUGACUUAAUAUUAACUAAUCUGUUUGUGCUAUGUACUCAUGUCUUAAUGACAUGACAGAUGUCAGAGGAGUUUCCAAUAUCAUUUCCAUCAAAGGAGAAAAGGUGAAAAAUAAAAACAUUGGGCUGAAGGUCGAACAUCAAAGGUCACUGUCGUCCCUGAACUCCGGCAAGUAGGGUGGGCAUGACCAUGGCACUGAUCCUAUGGCUAUGUGGUCAGGGACAGGUAUGAGGGAUCAACACUGGAGUCAUAUUAUUGUGAGAAAUGUAUUUUUAUCCCUGAUGGCCAGUCCUGCAGAUUCCUUAAUCUCCUUUGAUCCUCACUGUAGAUGGAUGCAGCUUCAAAGCUUCAUUCCUGACGCCUCUAUACAAUAGUGCUUCAAAGAAAAUAUUUGUAUAAAUGCGAGAACUAUAUCAAGAUUUUGGUCUGAACUGGGCCUUUACGUGUGUGUGUGUGUGUGUGUGUUUGUGUGUGUGUGGGUGUGGGUGUGUACACAAAAUUAUUUACGUGUAUGAUAAAGAUGUGUAAUGAAGGCUGUAUAAAAUAAAUUAUGCAGAUAAUGACCUGUAUUAUAUGCUCAAAAAUGGGAAUAUUAAUUUUUUUAUAGUGUAUUACUUAAAAUGACAUUAAUAGCUUUUGAAUGUAAUCCAGAAAAUAAUAAAGCCAUGAAUCAACAUUAA